UUGUUUUAACGAAAGGAACGUUCAUGUUUAUUGCACUUUCUAGCAUAUUCAUCAAGUAAUUAAUUUAUAAGAGAUUAAUAAGUAAAGCAGACUUUAACGUUUAAAGUAAAUAGCUUACAUUGGCGUUGCAAAUAUGGUGCAUAAUAAUGGCAUAUCUCAAUGCAAAUUUUGGCACGUCUGACCAAUGAAUAGACCGAAGGAGGUGCACAUGGUUGAGUUCAUAGACUGUAAAAAAAAAAGGUUGUCUCGCUUUCUCACAGCAAACAAGACGAGCAUUGGUGAUAUUCUCAAACUUCACUGUACAUUUGUCCUAUAACAUAGACAGGUUUACUGGGAAGCAUGCAUAUCCAGGACCAUGGUAUCGAAGAUGCUCUUUAGUUUAUCCCAUAGGAAGAAUCAACAUGGGAAAGCUGCAAUCAAAACCUGCAUGUAAACGGAGAGAAAACCCUGAAGGAGAUGCUUUUAAGGAGAUUGACUGUAGUGGUGAAUCGGACAGAAACAAGCAGUCCAAAUAGGAAAUUCACAGGCGCUCUGCUAGGCUACGGAGCACUAAAUACAAAGCACCGGCAUCUGAGAAGAAAGUCUCCACCAAAGGAAAGGGAAGACGACACAUAUUCAAACUGAAAAAUGUACACCCUACUAGGACCUAGUUGGACCCCCUUUUACCUUCAGAACUGCCUUAAUCCCUUGUGGCAUAGAAUCAACAAGAUACUGGAAAUAUUCCUCAGAGAUUUUGGUCCAUGUUGACAUGAUAGCAUCACACAAUUGAUGAAGAUUUGUCGGCUGCACAUCCAUGAUGCGAAUCUCCCGUUCCACCACAUCCCAAAGGUGCUCUAUUGGAAUGAGAUCUGGUGACUGUGGAGGCCAUUUGAGUAGUGAACUCAUUUUCAUGUUCAAGAAACCAGUCUGAGAUGAUUCACACUUUAUGACAUGGCGCAUUACCCUGCUGGAAGUAGCCAUUAGAAGAUACACUGAAGGUACACUGUGGUCAUAAAGGGAUGGACAUGGUCAGCAACAAUACUCAGGAAAUUAAAGGAACAUAAACAAAGGAGGCUGAAAAAGAAGAAAAUUUCAGAUGGAUUGUUGCUGAACCAUAGACUGUAAAAGAUAUGGACGUAGUAUCCGUGACGUCACCCAUAGGUUUAUGAAGAACCCAAAAGAAACUACCAGUAGGUGUGGCCAACCGUCGCCAUUUUGUUUGCGUGUCAUCGCACCAACCGAGGGAUACCAAACAAGGGCAAAAAGGAGGAGUCCUAUAAAAGCACCAGAGUCGGUUUCAACGAUCAUCACAUCAGAGUCCAUGUUUUACAAGGGCAUCUAUUAUCAAAUAGGAGACGUCAUUAAAGUGAUAGACGAGGAUGAUGGUAAACCGUAUUACGCACAGAUUCGGGGCUUCGUCCAGGAUCAGUACUGUGAGAAAAGCGCUGCGUUAACUUGGCUGAUCCCAACACAGGCCAGUCCUCGAGAUCAAUUCGAUCCAAGCACGUACAUUGUUGGCCCUGAAGAGGACCUGCCGAGAAAAAUGGAGUACCUGGAGUUCGUCUGUCACGCCCCGUCAGAAUACUUUAAAUCAAGGAGCUGCCCGUUCCCCACAUUACCUGUUCGCCCAGAGAAAGGCUACGUCUGGACUCAUAUAGGACCAACUCCUGCUGUGGCCAUCAAAGAGACUGUAGGGUGACGUUAAUCAUAAAAACACUCCACCUUCAGACUGAACUCAACCUUUUAUAUUCACCACUGUUUCACAAACACUGCUUUCAUGCUCUGAUUAUGAUAUUGGCCUUUAAAUAUUUUGGUAAAUUUAAAUGUACAGAAUAUUUGAGUAGAGCCUCAGAAACCCUGAUUUAUCACCGAAAACAGAAGCCACUAUAUAUAUGUAUAUAGGUCAGCCAAUGGAAACUAGAAUCUGCAAAUACAAAGUUCAUUUGUAGCCCAUUCUGAGAGUUGGUAAUAUUGUAAUAUUAUUAUCAUGCAUAAAGUCAUUCAACACGUUUUGUACUCCCAAAUGUCUCUUCUGAGUUUCCAGAAAGAUUUGCCUAAAAGCAGAUUCCAGCAUUUGAUUUAAUUUGAUCUGAUGGAGGAAAGUAUUUUUGCAUCAGUCUUAUUGAGUAAAACAAUAAUGUGUUCAGUUUUAUGAUUGUUUUAGGAUCUUUAAAGGUCAUUCUUGAACUUGAGACAUUAUCCCAAUUUUUGUAGUAUUUUGAUUUUAACAUGGAUCAAAUCUUCAUCCUCGAGUAUGGCAUUACUCAUUUUUAUCUAUCGAUUUUAGCUUCAUUAACAGAGUCUAGAAUUGGAGGAAUGGUUCUUUAUUUGCAGAGACCUGUCUAUUACAAUUGGUACUGUAAUAAUGUAAUGAUAAUUCUGUCUGUCCAAAAGUAAUAAAUAUAGAUUAUUUCAAAGACAUAAGGAAGAUGAUCGUGCAGCUCUGCUUGUCAUUGAGAGCCUCAGACAAAACUGGUGUAGAUUUGAUAGGAAAACCACCCAGCAAACAAUUUUGUGUUUAAUGGACAUCUAAUAGACAUGUAAACGUAGACAGUUUGGCUAACACAAGGCUAAACUUGGGCUGUCGGUGAAAAUCUAAUAGACAU